AUGACAAGAAGAUUUCAGCAAUUAUUAUUGACUAGUAAUCAAAGUACAACAUUUCAAAUGAGUGAUAGAAGAAGGCUAUUAGGUCCUGUGAAUGCGAAGCUUCCAAAUGUUGGUAUUUCCUCAGAUUUAAAUAACAAACCUACAACGGAGAACAAGAAGAGAAAUGAUGAAGUUAGGAAAAUGUUUUUAAAGUCAGGAUUGGUUACAAAUGCUAAUGGUUCAGCAUACUUAGAAGUGGGAGACACUAUAAUCGAGGUCUCGGUAUUUGGACCCAGACCAAUUCGUGGUUCGUUUAUUGAUCGUGCAUCUUUCUCAGUAGAAUGUAAAUUUUUACCAUAUGUGACGCAACCAAACGAAAUUACAUUUAAUGGGAAAGCCACUAAUUUUAACAAUAAUGGUAGGCCUUCAUUAACCAAUAUCGAACAGAAAAUUUCGUCAUACUUAGAAACAUCAUUAUUACCAUGCAUACUAUUAGAAAAAUACCCCAAAUCAACUAUAGAUAUAUUUGUUUCCGUCAUUUCAACAAAUUCUAAUCCAAAUUCAAAUUCAUCUUUGCUUAACUUAAUUAACUGGAUAAUUAAUUGUUCUUCAUUAGCAUUAGUUGAUUCAGGAAUUGAAUUGAAGGAUAUUGUAACGAGUGGACAAGUUAACUUAAAUCAAAAGUCUAAUGAAUUGACCUUAGAUCCUAUAUACCCCGUCGAUACUAUAGAUAAGGAAGAUAGUAUUGAUUGUCUUGUGAGCUUUAUGAAUUUGAGAAAUGAUGAAAUUGUUGGAUUUUGGGUAGAAGGUAAGCAAGAAGAACUAAAUGAAACUAUUGUGACACAAUUAAUUGAUGGCUGUAAUGAGAUGUCCAAGCAAAUUAGAAGUAAUAUUAAUGGUUACUUGCUAAGUUUAAUGGAUUCAAAUUAA